GCGGGGGGCGGGGCGGAGCCGCUUGGCCGGGUUGCCCGGUAGCGCCGUGUCCAUGGCAACGUUUGUAAAGCCCGCGAGGGGGAGGCGGGGCCGGGCCCUGACGGGAAGAGGAGACGCGACGGGAGGGUCUUAACCUAGAAUAAAGAUGACUGCAAGAGAAACAACUAUGCACAAAGGGACAAUUAUUCCUAAAUCCCGGAAAAGUUUACUUUCAUUUGAUGUAAAUGCAGUGUCUCCACAGCAAAAAGAGAGGUAUCUGGCAUUUGCUGAGCCCACUGAGGAACCAGUGAAAUCCAUGCUGGCUUCAGACAUUUUUAUGAUGGAUAAAAUUUCACACGACCAUUCCAUGUGUGAAAGAGAUGCAGAGCAAAAGAAGCAGGCCAGGGUCAUUGGGCUGCUCAAGGCUGCAGAAGCCCGGAACCGCCUUCGAAACGUGAGACUCCGAUUUCAGAACUUGAGAGCUCAGGAAAUAAACCAUCUGAUAUCCUGCCAGAAAACUGCCAGAGGCGCUGUGAGACUGGAGGUGUUUCUCCCACCCCGAAAGAACAUUCAGAAACUAGCAGAUAACUUGGACAGAGUUCAGAGGAGUAGAGUUGAAGCGAUACUAGAAGAUGAAAAUGGUGAAAUAUUCAUUAGAAGAACCUGAAACCUUGGAGGAGCUAGUUAGAAUAAAGUACCAUAGUGCCUGAACUGGGAGUGAGCCCCUAGGAGAUCUACAUGUUGUCUCAGCUACUGAUAAUUACUGUUCAAUAAACCACACCAGUUUCUUCUCAUGGGCAUCCAAAGACGUGCAACAUUUAAACUGUGAUGGGCAGAUCCACAGAACUUACCCAGAAACUGCUAAAGGAAUGGAAGAUUCAGUAUGGUGGGCCAGAUUCUAACUUCUCUUACACAGUUAUAAAUCCAGAAUUACUCGAUUGACUUCACACUGCUUACUCUGGUUUUACCCCAGCAUUUCUGAGGUCAAAAUUUGACCCAGCGGCCUUCCUCAGUAAGGUACUCACUUGAUUUGUUGGAAAUAGGGACCUUUUGGUGUUAAGCCAAAUUGUAUGGAUAACAAUGACUUUCAGCCUUUACGGUACAUGAGUGAGAAACCUCAGUGCCAUUGCCAGCCUUUUCUUGUGGUGAGUCCUUGGCCUUGUAAUUUUAAAACUGUGAAGUAAUGAAAUGCUGCUUUCUUCUAUAGUCGUGCCUGUAAUGUCCUUUAGCCUGUUGCCUCCACAACUGAUAGACAGCAGGACACCCCUGCAUGUUUUGAGGUGUGUCAAAUAUCACCCUGUGAAAACCCUGCAAUAAAGGUAACAAUGGAUGCAACAAAGGAGAUGUGAUUUCAUUAUUACUGCUAUAGACUGAGAUCCAUCUGUGAAAAGUGACGCUACCUUCGAAAAGUCCUCAUUUCAAUAGAAGUGAAGGAAUGAAAAGACUGCAGUUAGUAACAUUUACUAUCAAAC